AUGGGCCCCGUCCGGCACACGCUCAAGAUCACCCCGCUCUCCGCCCUCCGCACGUCCACCCACCACAUCCCCGCCCACGCACACAUCCCCAACACCUCCCUCGCCCCGCACCCCCUCCUCAUCUACCACGGCGCCUUCGCGCGCGACCCCACCCCGCAGCCGUCCGCGAUCGAGGCGCACCUCAAGCGCGUCGGCGUCGUCUCGCCGCAGUGGUCCUACACGAUGUACAGCCAGUCGCACUUCCACUCGACCACGCACGAGCUGCUCGUCGUCUUCCGCGGCGCCGCGCGCUUGCUGUUCGGUGGGGAGGGCAAUCCCGGCGCGGUGGAGAUCGAGGCGAGGAUGGGCGAUGCGAUGCUGCUGCCUGCGGGGGUCGCACAUCGGCUCUUGGAAGACCUGGGUGAGGGUGAGGCAUUCGAGAUGAUUGGGAGCUAUCCGGUGGGGAAGAAUUGGGACAUGUGUUAUGGAGAUGGGCGCGGGGGCGAGGACGUACAGGGCAUCCAGGAGAGGAUCAGAGGCCUCGGGUGGUUCGAGAAGGAUCCGAUAUACGGGGACGAUGGACCUGCACUGCACAUCUGA